AUGUCGGCGAGCGCAUCUCCUUCCUCCACACCUCCUCCAAAGCGUCUCAAGCUAGACGAAUCCCUUCCUACCAAUGGAAUGAUACUGCUCGAGUCGUCCAUCAUACCAAAGAAACGUCGACGUCCUCUCCCUGAGCCGUAUUCUCCAGCCGAUGUCUUAUUCCGCGAUAUCUGCGAUUUCUUGGGUCCUGACUAUUGUCAAGUUAUCCUGGAGUCUCGUAGUGAGGAAGAAUGGGUACCUCCAUCCGGACUGGAGAUACAGAGAAUAUUGGAGCUGAGAGUGGGGGCGUUCACAGUUUCAGGCGAGUCGCUCAGCUUGUACGAAGAAGAUGGAAAGAAAUGGGCCGUCGUCGUUCCCUUUGCACAUCCUGGAGAUUUGAUCAGAGCGAGGAUCUACAAACAUGAUCGGUUUUGUUCUUUCGGUGGCUUGGUCGACAUCAUCGAGUACAGCGAGGAUUAUAGAGGAGGAGAGGGUGAUAGACGCAAGUACCCAGAGAACGGUUGUCGGUACUUUGGCGAGUGCGGAGGAUGUCAACUUCAACCUAUCCCAUAUCCCCUUCAGCUUCUCCACAAACGCCGUACAGUGCAGCUCGCCUAUCAACGAUUCUCUGGUCUACCUUUCGAGCAAGUACCAAUCAUUCGAGAGACUAUCGGUAGUCCUAAACAGUGGGGUUAUCGGACUAAGAUCACACCACAUUUCGAUGCCCCACCAAAAUCUCUUCAACGUGCUGCGAACAUCACCAAAAGGCACCCUACCCACGUGUCAGAAUUAGAAGAGGAAGGGAUGAACGCACCUAUUGUUGUCGAAGAGAAGAGAAAGAAAUGGGAAUGUAGGAUCGGAUUUGAACGAAAGGGUAGGCCGGGGGUAAUGGACAUUGAGGAAUGUCCUAUAGCUACUCCUGUUCUAAACGAAAAACUCAAGGAAGAGCGUGCCAGGAUAGAACAGACAAUAUUGACAUUCAAAAAAGGUGCUACUCUGCUCUUACGAGAUUCUUUACCCCCACCUUCCCCUAUUCCAGGUAUCGGGAACCCGUAUAGGCAUAUUACAGAUGAAGAAACACAUUUGGCAGUGACAAAUCACCGACAACCUGUUUUCGAACGAGUAGGAAAUUAUUUGUUUUCUUUCACAGCGGGAAGCUUUUUCCAAAAUAACAAUUCGAUUUUAGUGCCUCUGACGGAACAUGUGCAAGAGGCCAUAUUUCCAUCAUCCCUACCUCCCUCGGACUCUCCUCAGGACACCACAGCUACCAUAACAGACGAUUCUGCCUCUGCUCCCGUCACAUCCCCAAUCUCGGAAGAUGUGCGGGAAACCACCACUACACGGCUUCAGGGGAGAAAUCGGAGGAAGAAGCAGCCCACUCAUCUGGUAGACACAUAUUGUGGUUCAGGAUUAUUUGGUAUCACUCUAUCUAGUCGAUUCGAAAAAGUAGCAGGGGUGGAAAUCAAUAACGAUUCCAUCGUCGCUGCCAGGAAGAACGCGGAGAUGAAUGGUUUGGAAGGGAAGACUGCUUGGCUCUGUGGAAAAGCAGAGGAUAUAUUUGCUGGUUUACCACAAGAAGGGUUUAAAGGGGAGAAUUCAUGCGUUGUGGUCGACCCACCUAGAAAAGGUUGCGAUGAACCUUUUCUUCGACAACUUCUCGCUUUUGCUCCCGUCACUAUAGUCUACGUAUCGUGUAAUGUCCACACUCAAGCUAGAGAUGUAGGAUGGUUUCUUCGUGAAGCUGAGAAAGGGGAACAUCAAUAUGUUUUGGAGAGUGUUAGGGGGUUUGAUCUGUUUCCCCAGACCUCGCACGUGGAAAGUGUUGCUGUUCUUCGUCAAAUAUGAUCUUUCCCCAUCUACUCUAAUCCCUUCAUCUCGAGCUAUUCCCUGAUGAUCCUAUCUUGUCAUAGAGCGACGUUUCAAAGUACGAUGAACAUUCCGAUAAUGUUUUUCUUC